GCCGGGCCGGGCAGGGCGCGGGGCUCCGAGCGCGGCGGCCCCGGCCCGUGGCCCCACCAUGCCCCAGCUCGGUGGUGGCCGCGGCGGCGGUGCCGGCGGGGGAGGCGGUGGCUCCGGUGCCGGGGCGGCCGGCGGAGGCGACGACCUCGGGGCGAACGACGAGCUGAUCCCCUUCCAGGACGAGGGGGGCGAGGAGCAGGAGCCGAGCAGCGACAGCGCUUCGGCGCAGAGGGACCUGGACGAGGUCAAGUCGUCCCUGGUCAACGAGUCGGAGAAUCAGAGCAGCAGUUCGGACUCGGAGGCGGAGAGGCGCCCGCAGCCCGCCCGGGACGCUUUCCAGAAGCCGCGCGACUAUUUCGCCGAAGUGAGAAGGCCCCAGGACGGCGCUUUCUUUAAGGGACCUGCCUACCCUGGGUACCCCUUCCUGAUGAUCCCGGACCUGAGCAGCCCGUACCUCUCCAACGGACCCCUGUCUCCCAGCGGGGCGCGCACCUACCUGCAGAUGAAAUGGCCCCUCCUCGAUGUCCCGUCCAGUGCUACAGUCAAGGACACAAGAUCACCAUCUCCAGCCCACUUGUAUGGGGAUCCUGCCCGCUGGAUGGUGCCUCCCACAUUCAGGUCCAACAAAGUUCCUGUCGUUCAGCGCCCUCAUCACAUGCACCCGCUGACACCCCUCAUCACCUACAGCAACGACCACUUCUCCCCUGCUUCCCCUCCCACGCAUCUCUCCCCAGAGAUCGAUCCAAAGACAGCAGGAAUCCCCCGGCCCCCUCACCCAUCUGAGCUAUCACCGUAUUACCCACUGUCUCCGGGAGCUGUCGGACAAAUCCCACACCCCCUUGGCUGGCUCGUCCCACAGCAAGGACAGCCCAUGUACUCCCUCCCUCCUGGUGGUUUCCGGCAUCCUUACCCUGCCCUCGCCAUGAACGCCUCAAUGUCCAGCCUGGUCUCAAGUCGGUUCUCCCCACACAUGGUAGCCCCUGCCCAUCCUGGCCUGCCCACCUCAGGAAUCCCCCACCCUGCCAUCGUCUCUCCCAUCGUGAAACAGGAGCCAGCGCCCCCCAGCCUGAGCCCUGCAGUGAGUGCGAAAUCCCCAGUUACCGUGAAGAAGGAGGAGGAGAAGAAGCCUCACGUGAAAAAGCCUCUGAAUGCCUUCAUGUUGUAUAUGAAGGAGAUGAGGGCCAAGGUGGUGGCUGAGUGCACCCUGAAGGAAAGUGCGGCCAUUAACCAAAUCCUGGGAAGAAAGUGGCACAACCUGUCAAGAGAAGAACAGGCCAAAUACUAUGAGCUUGCCCGGAAAGAACGGCAGCUUCAUGCGCAGCUCUACCCAACCUGGUCGGCCCGGGACAACUACGGGAAGAAGAAGAAGAGGAAGAGAGAAAAGCAGCUGUCACAGACACAGUCACAGCAGCAAAUCCAAGAGGCUGAGGGUGCUUUGGCCUCCAAGAGCAAGAAGCCAUGUAUUCAGUACCUGCCCCCUGAGAAGCCUUGCGACAGCCCUGCAUCUUCCCACGGCAGCACGCUGGACUCCCCCGCGACUCCCUCGGCAGCCUUGGCUUCUCCAGCUGCCCCUGCAGCUACCCACUCCGAGCAAGCUCAGCCCCUGUCCCUCACCACCAAGCCGGAGGCCCGGGCCCAGCUGGCUCUCCACUCAGCUGCCUUCCUGUCAGCGAAGGCCACAGCCAGCAACUCCAGCCAGAUGGGCAGCCAGCCUCCACUCCUCUCCAGGCCCUUGCCCCUGGGCUCUGUGCCCGCUGCUCUGCUGACCACUCCCCCUUCCUUCCCAGCCACGCUCCAUGCCCACCAGGCCCUCCCUGUGCUACAGGCCCAGCCUCUUUCCCUGGUCACCAAGUCGGCCCACUAAGCUGCCCCUGGUCUGUGCAGGGCGUCUCGGGACUCCAAGUAGUAGUGAUUCAGAAGAGAGGAAGGGGGGAAAAAGGAAACAUUAUUGGUCAAUAUUUGACCACUCUGGACUGUUCUGUAAAGGGACUGGUAACAGCAGUGCUUUACAAGUGUAGAUGUAGCCAGUAGCUCAUCUUCAGGCUUUUUUUAAAAAAUGAAAUAAAAACAAGGAGAAAAAAAACCAAAACAAAACCUGUCCCUCCCCCAACACAAGUCUUCACAAGAGAGCACUGAAAAGCAGUGUUGCUGUCUCCCCGUGCGCUGUGCGGGUGCGCCUGGGCAGGAGGUGCCUCUCUACCUCUUCUCUUCCCGACUCUCUUCUUCAUAUUUGCCAGCCCUACCUGUCCAGCUUCCCCGCUGCACCCACAGCGUCGCCUGGCCCAGAGUUCUAGCCCGGCACCCUUUCCUCCAGGUCACUCCUGUUCCCUCGCCCAAGUUUUUGUCAUGUGUUCAGUGCCAUUUCAUGGCCCUUUGUCCUCUGCCCAGUCUAAGGCCAUGACCAUGUGUGAUGACAUCUUGGCCUGGUCAUUUCCCACCAGCAUCCUCCUCUUCCUCUUGCGGCCCCAAUGGGCCAGCCUCCAGCUUGUGGUGGGGAAAGAGGACCUUCUGAAAUGUCCCCCACCCCUUCAUUUAAAGGGACUCAAGGUGCUUGCCACUGCCUCCAAGAAGUCUGUGUUCGUCUCCAGUGCCCAGUUGAGUUUUCCCGCCUCACAGUCUCAGAGUGGCAGGCAGGACCCAGUCCCCACUGUCUGGCUCCUGUUACCUCGGUCUGUGCUAGUACAAUCUGAGGAAGUUCUAAGACUCUCUGUCCCUCCCCACCACCACCUCACAAGCUUCUUCUGUGUGUAUUUCAUUCUGUUUUUAUGGUUUUUGGAGCAAUUUAAACUCCCAGUUUAUUUUCACAAAAGAAAAUAAAAUUACAGCUG